CUAAUCCUAUCAUAUUCCAUCCACUUUGGACGUCUCCAGCUUAGAGAGAAUAUGUACCCUUCAUUUCCAUUUCUCGAAUAAACCGAAAUGAUUCGGUGCUUACCGCGUGCACAACCUUCAGGUGCACCCUUCAUCACCACCAUCCAUUUCGCAUCUCCACCAUCCAUCACCAUCUCCGCAUCUCAUUCUUCCGCGUCGUCAGUAUCAGCAUCUAGAAGAACAGUAUCUCUAUCCAUCAUCGCCGUCGCGUCUUCCAUCAUCUCCUCCGGUUACUUCUCUUCUCCGGCACGAGCUGAGUUCUCUGAGAUCCCUAACUCUGGCGGAGUUAAGAGUCUCGACCUCCGUGUGGGAGACGGUGAAAUACCCAUUGAAGGAGAUCAGGUUGCAAUACAUUACUAUGGGAGAUUGGCUGCAAAGCAAGGAUGGAGAUUUGAUUCAACUUAUGAUCAUAAAGACAGUAGUGGAGACUCUAUUCCUUUCACUUUCAUCCUUGGUUCUACCAAUGUUAUUCCGGGGAUCGAAACAGCCGUGAGGUCGAUGAAAGUAGGAGGGAUUCGUCGGGUGGUUAUACCUCCGUCUCAAGGCUACCUGAAUACAUCACAAGAACCUCUUCCACCAAAUUUCUUUGACAGACAAAGACUCUUCACGACUAUCUUUAACCCAACACGUCUUGCCAAUGGUGAAGGUUCUACUCUUGGAACUCUCGUUUUUGAUAUCGAACUUGUCAGUACCAGACGCCCUAGCCGAUGAUUUAUACAGACAUGCAGUCAUACUCUUCGGUUGUUUCUUGCUGGACAAGAUUUCAUAAAAAAUACAAUUAAAAUUAGAAAAAAAAUCUUUAGUAAGCAUUUGGAUAUGGUUAGUUGCAUCUCGAUGUGCACUUCACCCCCAAUCUAUUAUUAUAGUAUUUCCACUUGAACGUAAGUGUUUGAAUGUUAUAUGUAGUUUGAGUAGUAAAUAAUAGAGUACAAAUUCAUUCUCUAUACCACUCAGAUUCAGCCAGUCAUGAAGAACAAUGUUGAAAAAGUUUUCCACAUUUUCAGAAUAUACAAUAUUUUAUUUGUUUUUCC